CUUGCUAUUUGAUAAAACAUGAAUGCCGUAGAUUAUUAAUUAUUUUGUUAUUAAAUACUGGUAUGCACACUAAGCUCUUACUUGAUAAUAAAUAUUUAACCACAAAGAGAGGAAGACAUUCUUCAGUACAUAUUCAAUGCUGCAAAUAUAAAAAUUAUAUAAAAAUUACUAUAACGUCAGCGAUCAUAAUACUGAUACGCAAAUGUUCGAUUCUGCCCUGCAGCUGUGUCCACUUUGUGUCGUUCUUUGUGUCAUGCCAUGUCGCCUCUUGUUGGAAGGUAUUCCGUUCGUUUUAUCUGAACUAAUGCAGAAAUUUCGCUCCUUUUGCCUUCAACGCCAGAUUACACACCUAUCUCACUCUAAAGGCAAAAAGUGCAAUUUAGUUCGGUUAAAACGAACGAACAUGAAUAUCAACCGGAGAAAAAGAGAAAAAGAGAGGAAGAAAGAGAAAGAGAGAACGCACGAUUCCCAGGACCGAGCGAGAACAGCGCUACGGACCUGGCUUCGAUUACGAGCGGUGGGCGAAGGUCGAUAUAUCUCGAGGACGAGCUCGCGCGAGUGCACGCCGUUCGAUGCCGACGGCUCUCAUUGACGACUCGUCUCGCUGCUGCACCCGUAUACGGGCGACCUGCGUGCGUGCGUGAGUGAGUGCGUGAGCGUGUGUGGCACAGGAGUGACACCGCGUAUGCGUCUCAGCCGAUUCAGUAGUAUUCGCGAUACGCGAAUCCCGUCGAGAUAAUCCUUGACACGACCGCUUCGUCCAGAUAAGCCGUCGCUGCCGCUGUUCCCGUGUUAUCUCACCGCGCAGGCAGAAAUUCCCGUGAGCAACUUCCCCGCCGGAGGCAGGCAAAAUGGCCGAGAGGGAGAACAUUUUCUUGUUCGUGCCGAAUAUCAUCGGUUUCGGCAGAGUGAUCCUGGCGGUGAUUUCUUUCUACUUUAUGCCCACCCAUUAUGUGAUCGCCACGACGUGUUACGUGGUGAGUGCCCUGUUGGACGCGAUAGACGGCCACGCGGCGAGGUACUAUGAUCAGUGCACGAAAUUCGGCGCGAUCUUGGAUCAGCUGACGGAUAGGAUCAGCACGAUGUGCCUCAUGGCCACGUUAUGCCAGUUCUAUCCCGUCUACGCCUUCUGGUUUUUACUGAGCAUGACCAUCGACAUAGCCUGCCACUGGAUAUACAUGCAUACGACCCACUUGCAAGGGAAAACCAGUCACAAAUUCGUCGACAUGUCUGAAAAUCCGAUCAUGAGACUGUACUACACGAAUCGCACGGUGUUGUUCUUCAUGUGCGCCGGCAACGAGGCCUUCUACGCCUGCCUGUACCUGCUGAAGUUCACCGAGGGACCCAUUUUGGCUGGUAUAGGUUUGUACAGGUUGCUCGCGUACCUAAGUGCUCCCGUAGCGUUGGCCAAGGCUGCUAUUUCUCUGUUACACGGAUACGUGUCGUGUGUCAAUCUCGCUAUCAUCGACGUGAAGGAACGUCAAGAGCGACUUAAAGCGAAUUAAAUUUCUCGAUGUGUACGCAUUAUCCGCUAGUUAGACUGAGUGUGUAAUCUACGGAUCUUCCUAUAUUCUAUAAACCGGCACGAAUCGUGUGUCUGAGCAUUUCCGAGUAUAUUUUUGGAAAGCAGAACGCCGAUGAUGUGUUUGAAGAUGGUCGGAGUGUCUCUGUCCGAUCUAGUCGAUACUUAAUGCCUAGGAGACGAUCUUUCCUCAACAUAGCCCAAAGACUAUGGCCAAACUACUCACUCAUAUUGAAAUGUAUACAUGUACAUUUUUGCAGAAGAGAAAGAAAUGGAGGGAAUAUUAUUUUUUAAAUGCUAUCAAUGAGACGACAAAAAGAAACUGUUAGAAUAGUUUGUUAUCGUGUAAGAUUUUGUAGCAUUUAUGUACAUAUAUACUGGACCAAUAAGUUAUUGUUGUUAUAUUUCAUUCUUAGGAUCUUUGAUAUUUAUUUAUCUCUUUAUUGUAGGAACUAUAGGUUUCAAUACUUUUGACGCUCUCUGUAUUCCAUAUUCUUCCGAUAAUUCCAGAUAUCUAACAUAUGUUGGUUUGUUACACAAUGAACAUAUGUAGUGACAUUGCAUAAUUUUAGGCAAUCUUGUGUAAGGCCAAAAGUAUGUUGAAUAAAAUAUAAGUUUAUGAUGUGA